AUGGUGUUGACAGGAAAAGCCCUUGAUUGGGCCAUCACCCUCUGCUCUGGCGCUGGUUUCCUCCUUUUUGGUUAUGACCAGGGUGUCAUGUCCGGCCUGUUGACAGGCACCGCGUUUACGCAGGUCUUCCCCUCAAUCGAUACCCAAAAUGGCGGCAGCUCGUCGCUUCAGGGCACCGUCGUCGCCAUCUACGAAAUCGGCUGUUUCUUUGGAGCAAUCUUCACCUUCAUCUUUGGCGAGCGUCUGGGACGUCGCAAGUGUAUCAUGCUUGGCUGCAUUGUCCUCACCAUCGGAGCCACCAUCCAGUGUGCCUCGUACAGCAUUGCUCAACUCAUCGUCGGCCGUAUCGUUGCCGGUCUUGGAAAUGGACUGAACACUUCAACUAUCCCUGUCUGGCACGCUGAGCUCAUGCAAGCCCACGACCGUGGCAAGGGUCUCGCUAUUGAAUUCAUCCUGAACAUCUUCGGCGUCGCCCUAGCCUACUGGGUCGAUUAUGCAUUCAGCUUCGUCGAUAACGAGUCUCAGUUCCGCUUCCCCAUCGCCUUCCAGAUUGCCUUCGCUCUCGUCACCCUUGGUAGCAUCGUCUUCCUCCCGGAAUCUCCCCGUUGGCUACUCAACCAUGACCGCGAUGAUGAGGCCCGUAACGUGCUUUGGCGCCUCCAGCCCAACGCCAAGGAGAUCGCCAAGGAUUCAGAAGCCGUCAACAACGAGAUCGCUAUCAUUCGCCACACCCUAUACGAAGAGAAGGAAAUCGCCGGUGGUACUACUUUCACCGCGCUCCUCAAGGAUGGUCCUCAACGUUUCCGCUACAGGACGCUCCUUGGUAUUGGUGGCCAGUUCAUGCAGCAGCUCAGUGGCAUUAACUUGAUCACGUACUACGCCGCCGUCAUUUUCGAGACGAGUAUUGGAAUGUCGCACAACACUGCUCUGCUGGUCGCCGGUGCUAACGGAAUUGCUUACUUCCUCUCCACCAUCCCCGUCGUCUGGGUUCUCGACCGCCUCGGCCGCCGUAAGCUUAUGCUCUUCGCUGUCAUCGGCCAAUCCUGCUGCAUGGCCAUCCUCGCCGGCACCGUGUCCGAUGGCAGCAAGCCCGCCGGUAUCGUCGCCGCCAUCAUGCUGUUCAUGUUCAACUUCUUCUUCGCCAUCGGCCUGCUCGCCAUCCCCUGGCUGCUUCCCGCCGAAUACGCGCCUCUCGCCAUCCGCACCAAGGCGGCAUCUCUGGCCACUGCCUCCAACUGGAUCUUUACCUUCCUCGUCGUUGAAAUCGUGCCCGUCUCGAUCAACAGCAUCGGCUGGCGCACGUACAUCUACUUCGCCGUCUUCAACGCCUUCUUCGUGCCCAUCAUCUACUUCUUCUACCCGGAGACCAAGAAUCUCUCGCUCGAGGAGAUCGACCGCCUCUUCACCGGCGACAAGGUCAUCAUGCACCUGCCCGAAAGCAUGCGCCUCGCCGCCGACACCGCCGCCCUCAGCGGCCACAUGGGCGCCGAGAAGGACAAUGUUGCGGUGCUUGAGGAUGUCAGCGCUAAGGCGGAGCCUCAGUAA